AUGGCAUACGAUGACCGGAAUCGCGCCUUUCUGCAGGCCUUCAUGGGCCGCUCCACCCUGACAUUUCAAGAUGCCCAGCCUGUGUUGGCGGCCAUCCUGUCAGUUGGAGGGGAAAGAAUCGAUCCCAAAGAUGUCGGGGAAGGCCAAUUCCAAUCCUACGUAGAUGCGGCCAAUCAAGCCAUCUCACCGUUUGACCUCGAAAUCCGAAGCUCCUUGCCCCAGGAUCCGCAGUCCACCACAGAAGACCCUCCGCAGCGGGUGUGGGCUCUCGUCAAUAACACGAGCGAUCCCUUGACCCAGCUGGCCACAACGUACAGCGCGGACGAAAUUGGAUUCCUCAAACGCCUCCUGGACUACAUGUUUCACACGAAUAACACUGUUCGAACUGAAGGAAUGUGCGCCGCACAACUGCAGGCCGUCGGACUGCAUAAAGCACCCACCGCACGCCCCGUGACCGACGACGCGCCGCAAACGCAGGGCUCAGCGUCACAUAGCUUGACGAUGACACAAGCUGAAAGGAUGAUCCUGAACCUGAUCGAGGAAGGGUGGUUCCAAAAGAGUCGCAAGGGGUAUCUCACCCUUACGCCCCGAGCCCUGAUGGAGCUGCGGGGGUGGCUAGUGAUCGAGUAUAAUGACGAAGGAUCUCCUAAGAUCAAGUUCUGUGCCGCAUGCAAAGACAUGGUCACCGUGGGCCAACGGUGCGCGGACGUUCACUGUGGUGGCCGACUACAUGACCAUUGCAUGCAAAACUUCUUCCGCAUGCAGCAAGCAGAAGAAUGCCCCGUAUGUAAGGCGGAGUGGCCGGGGGACCACUUUGUAGGCGAGAGGGCUCUCGGUGCAAGCUCGAGACCGAGCGGCGUGGUUCGCAGACAGACACCUGUCUCGGCUCGCCCCUCAGUUGAACCUUCGACGCGGUCAACUCCCAGUCGAGUGGCCCUGGAAGCAAACCUGGACUCAGAUAGCGAAUAA